UUAGGUGCAUGAUAAGUUGAUCAAUUACUCAAUAUAAGAUAGAUAUCUAGGUAUUAUCAUUACUGUUUACUUUUCCAUAUGAAAAAUAUACUUUUCUCUUCAACUAACUUCUCUUUUACAGUCUGAGUUUGAUGAAAGAGCAGAAAUAAUUACCCCAUGAAGUUGAUGACCUGUUUAUAGUAAGAAUUUUGACUGUUCGUUUGCACUUUUUCUAAUGAACAGUUUUCUUUAAACAAAAAGCAUAUACCACCCCCUUAACCUGCUGGAUGGAUAAGCUACUUGGGUCACACCAGCCCUUUAACUUGGUCGAAAAAAAAAACCAAAGCUUUUUGAAAACAAGAAACAUAGAAUCACUAUUAUACUAUUGUAUCUGGACACUGAUGCUUGUUUCUCACAUUUACAUGCUGAGAGGAAUGAACAUCUUAUAUAUUCUUUUUGGGGUCUUACUUAUGCUAAUUCCAACUAUUAUGGAUUGAACAGGUUCACCAUGCCAGUGGUUGAGGGAGUUGAGAUUGGAGUCUCAGGGAUUAAAUCCAAUAAGCCUUCUUAUUGACUGUGCCAAAUGUGUUGCAUCUGGAAGCAUCAAGAAUGCAGAUAUUGGCCUUGAGUACAUAUCUCAGAUUUCAUCUCCUGAUGGUAAUGCAGUGCAAAGAAUGGUGAGCUAUUUCAGUGAAGCACUUGGACACAGGAUAAUAAAACAUCUGCCAGGUGUAUACAAAUCUAUCAGCCCCUCAAAAACAUCACUAUCUUCAGACGAUAUCCUUGCUGAGAAAUACUUCUACGAGUUGUGUCCCUUUUUGAAGUUCUCAUACCUGAUCACAAACCAAGCCAUUGUAGAGGCAAUGGAAUGUGAAAUGGUGGUUCACAUCAUUGAUCUCCAUUGUUGUGAGCCAGCUCAAUGGAUAGAUCUUCUACUCACUUUCAAAAACCGUCGGGGAGGUCCACCCCAUCUGAAAAUUACAGGCAUUAAUGAGUCGAAGGAAGUGUUGGAUCAGGUGAACUUUCAUGUGACAUCUGAAGCUGGGAAAUAUGAUUUUCCUUUACAGUUCUACCCAGUUGUUAGCAAACUGGAAGAUGUUGACUUUGAGAAGUUGUCUGUUAAGACUGGAGAUGCUGUUGCAAUAACUUCUGUUCUUCAACUGCAUUUGCUUCUUUCCACUGACGAUGACAUGGCUGGAAGAAUCUCACCAGCAGUGGCAGCCUCCAUGAAUCUGCAGAGAACAGUGCAUAUGGGCCAAAGGACUUUUGCAGAGUGGCUUGAGAGAGAUAUGAUCAAUGCAUAUAUCUUGAGUCCUGAUUCUGCAUUGUCACCUCUUUCCUUUGGUGCCUCGCCUAAGAUGGGGAAUCUUCUGAAGGCCAUGCGAAAGCUCAAUCCAAAACUGGUGGUGGUCACUGAACAGGAAUCAAAUCUGAAUGGAUCAAAUUUGAUGGAGAGAGUUGAUAGAGCAUUGUACUUUUACAGUGCAUUGUUUGACUGCUUGGACUCUACUGUAAUGAGAACAUCAGUUGAGAGACAAAAACUUGAGAGGACUCUUUUUGGAGAGCAGAUAAAAAAUAUCAUUGCUUGUGAGGGAGUUGAGAGAAAGGAAAGACAUGAGAAACUUGAAAAAUGGAUUCGAAGGCUUGAAAUGGCUGGUUUUGUGAAAGUGCCAUUGAGCUACAAUGGGAGGAUUGAAGCAAAGAAUCUGUUGCAGAGAUAUAGUAAUAAAUACAAAUUUAGAGAAGAGAAUGAUUGUUUGUUUGUCUGCUGGAGCGAUAGACCAUUGUUUUCUGUAUCUGCUUGGAGUUUUAGGAGAUGAAUGUUCAUAUAUGUGCUGGAUAUAAAGGAACCCUUGCAUUGCCAUGGAUUUCAAGAGGUUUAAAAUGAAGUAAUCAACAAGACAAGAAGGUGGAUGGGUUUUUAUUUUCAUCUUUCUUUCUUUUUAAAGUUUUUAAUUGUUUCUGUAUAUAAAGGGUUUUAUUGUUUUUGUUCUCUAGAGGAGCUGAUGAUUUGAA